CGGGGUUGAGGGGUGCCCAGCUGCCAUCCCCGCCGCCUCCUGGCCCCCACUCGCUGGCGCCCAAGUGGGAGGACGGCAGCUGCCCGCUCCCUCCUCCCCACGUCCCCGCUACCUGCCCAGUCCCCGAAGCGAAGCGUGAGGAGGCUGCGAGCCAGCGGGGCCGAGCCCACAACUUUGCAGCCUCGGGGAGCGUGAGAGCCGGCGUCCGGGGCUCCUCUUGUCCGCGACCCGAGCUCGGAAUGUAAUCGAGGAUGCUGGCCCUGAGGCUGCUCAACGUGGUGGCCCCCGCCUACUUCCUGUGCAUCUCCCUGGUGACCUUCGUGCUGCAGCUCUUCCUCUUCCUGCCCAGCAUGCGCCAGGACCCCUCGGCUGCCUGGCUCUUCUCUCCCGCGCUGCUCCACGGGGCGCUCUUCCUGUUCCUCUCAACCAAUGCCCUGGGCAAUUACGUCCUGGUCAUCCAGAACUCCCCGGACGACCUGGAUGCCUGCCAGGGGCCCUCGACCAGGAGGGCCCCGUGCCCCCCGCCCAGCACCCACUUCUGCCGCGUGUGCGCCAGAGUCACCCUGAGGCACGAUCAUCACUGUUUCUUCACCGGCAACUGCAUCGGCGGCAGGAACAUGCGCAACUUCGUCUUGUUCUGCCUCUACACCUCCCUUGCCUGCCUCUACUCCAUGGUGGCCGGGGUGGCCUACAUCUCAGCAGUCCUUUCCAUCUCCUUCGCCCACCCCCUGGCCUUCCUCACGCUCCUUCCCACCUCCAUCAGCCAGUUCUUCUCCGGAGCUGUCCUCGGUUCUGAAAUGUUCGUCAUCCUCAUGCUCUACCUCUGGUUUGCUAUCGGCCUGGCCUGCGCGGGCUUCUGCUGCCAUCAGCUGCUGUUGAUCCUGAGGGGGCAAACCCGCCACCAGGUGCGGAAGGGGGUGGCGGUGAGGGCCCGGCCCUGGCGCAAGAACUUACAGGAGGUCUUCGGGAAGAGGUGGUUGCUGGGCCUGCUGGUCCCCAUGUUCAAUGUUGGAGGUGAGAGCUCCAAGCAGCGUGACAAAUAG